ACAAUAGAGCCCUCUUUCACUCACUGUCGUUAUGGUCGCGCCGCCCUUCGCCGCCGCGUCCUCUGACAUCCAUCCGCCGUGUCCAGCGGUCUCCGAAUCAACCCUGAGUCAACUCGGCAUCCCGAACGAGUUCCCUUACGAGUUCGACUCCUCAGCCUUUUCCUCUGUUUUCAACUCUUCAGAGGACUCCACGGAGACGCAAUGUGAAACAAGCGACGACGAAGAUGACUUCCUUGCCGGGUUGACUCGCCGACUCGCCCUCUCCACUCAACGCCUCUCUUCUCCUCCUUCCUUGGUCAACGACAAACCUGAGGUGAAACCUGCGAAUUCAACACUGAGUGGACCCGUGAGCUGCUCAAACUCCGGAGACAGGAGUCCCAAUGGUCCGUUUUCUCAAGUGCCUUCACCGUCGACAUCUCCAUUUCGUGAAGAAGAAGAAGACUCUUUGAAAGUGUUAUCGGCUGCAGCUGGAGAAGUCGCCAAGAUCAAAAUGGCUAAUUUCGUUGCGAAACCCAUUAGCCGCCCAAACCCUAACCCUAGCUCCUUCGUCCCCUUUCCUCAAAACGCAGCGUUUUGUGACUACUACUACUGGCUAUGGCAGCCGGUUCUGUUCGCGUCUCCUUACCCCGUUGGAGGCGUUUUAGCCGCCCCAACCGCCGUUAAACAGACGUCUGCUGGUACCGGCGUUUUCAUUCCCCGGAAUCACCCAAACCCUUCAGAUUCCCGGAAGAAAUCAGGAGGUGGAUCGGUUAAGUUUCGGUCAAAGGUUGUUCACCAACAAAAGCCUAAGAUUAAAGAGUUCUCCGGUCGGUCUCAAUCGUCUUUACAAUCUACAGGAAGCAGCAAAAUCGUAGCUGGUGGCUGUCUCAAGGAAGAAAGACAUCAUCUUCCACAAGAAUGGAUGUACUGAGCUCAAAAUUAAGUUGUCUAGGAUUCAAGAAUUUGGAAAGAAGAGAGAAACAAAAUUUUCGGAAAUGGUCGUAGUUAGUUUGGGUUAGACUUAUAGUUGAUAUUGUGAUGGUUAAGGGUUAUAGUAAAGAAUAAUUGUGUUGGGUGGUGAGUUGGUUAUUGUUGUUAGUUGUUGUUUUUAAUUAGGAGAAUAACAAAAGCAGCGGUUUUAAUAAGAAUAUUUUUUGGCCUUGGGAAGAUUUUUCAUCUGCUCUUCUUUGGUUUAAAAUGGUUAUAUGUCGUUGUAGUUUAAGUUCACAAUGGGAAUUCAAAUGGUGUGUUGUAGUGCAACAACAUAGUGCUGAGAGUACUUUUAGGGUGUUUUCUGUAGUUUUGGAAUCUAUGGGGUUGCAAAUUAUCUGUAAUUUUGUUUGGUUGGUUUGUUUUGAUUAAUUGAAACAAAGUUGUAGUGAAUAAUUGUGGUAAUAGAAAAGA